AUGAAUAAAAACUAUCCUCGUGAAAUACACAUUCAAAAUGGGAAAACUAUACACAAUCGAAGUGCUUUGAGUAAUGGCAAGGAAGAAAAUAGAAAGUUAGAACGAAAUUUAACUAUCCACUGGUGCGAAUCUGAAAUGUCUUAUCAUGAGCUAUCCCGUGAAUAUACUGGAGUCGAUAUACGUAAUAACGAAUUGCAAAAUAAUAAUUACCUUGCUGCACCUGGUGGCCAAUUAAGACCCGCAAUCUCAGAAGUAGAAGGAUUAGACAGAUACGCUAAACAAUGCUUAGAAGAGAGAUCUGUAACACCGCCUGAAAGAAAUGGCUAUAUGAACGGUCAUUCAACUAAAUCGGACGAUAAUCACGUUUCUACAGAAUCGUUUUCCUCAUUUAAAAGGCAUCCUACUCAUAAAAGUGAUCAAAAAAAUGUACAAAAGCAACCAGAAAGCCUGACAGUUUUCGAGAAAUUAUGUCAAAAGUUUUCUAAAGAUGCAACUUAUAAGAAUGAAAUACGUGCUGGAAAACGAUUGGGAUUUUAUCGAUUUGUUCUGGAUAUUGGAAGAGGGAACUUCUCAAAAGUUAAGCUGGCACUUCAUAGUUUAGUCAAUAUCGAAGUUGCAGUCAAGGUUAUUGACAGAACUAAAUUUGAUGAGAAAACUCGACGCUUACUUUCGCAAGAACUAACAAACAUGGAACGUUUACAUCAUCCACACAUAAUUCGUGCAUAUGAAGCACAUGAGGUAUUACAACGUUGGCAUUUAGUUAUGGAAUAUGCGCCUAAAGGUGAACUUAAUUCAUAUUUAAAACGAUCUGGUCGAUUGGAUGAAAAAACAUCAAAAAAUUAUUCUUCACAAAUACUUUCAGCUCUUGAUCACUUACACAAUAAUGGUGUGGUUCAUCGAGAUCUAAAGGCGGAGAAUGUUUUCAUCGUCAGCAACAUGUAUGUUAAACUUGGUGAUUUUGGCUUUUCUAAAUGUGUGGCUCCAGAUGCUGCCUUGACAACGUUCUGUGGCUCUCCGCCAUACGCUGCUCCUGAGUUAUUUGUUGCGGAUUCUUACACAGGACCAGCUGUGGAUCUUUGGGCUCUUGGUGUUCUCUUAUUUUAUAUGGUGACUGGAAGUUUGCCUUUUAAAGCGGAUAGUUUACACAAAAUUAAACGUUUAAUCCUAUCAGGUGAUUACCGAAUCCCAGCCUAUGUUUCAAAUGAUUGUCAAACAUUAAUCUCAGGAUUAUUGGCGACUAAUGUUGAACGCAGAUAUACCGUAUCUCAGGCGAAAAGUUCCAAAUGGUUUAGUGAUAUUGACUGGCAGCAUCUAAUGAAACAUAAAGAUCCAACUCCUGAUGAGAUUGAUGAUGCAUCUGCUCGGUAUCUAUUGAAAAAAUGGUGGGAUGUAGACUCUUAUGAAUUAGAUAAAGCAUUAAGUGAAGGCCCUAAAAACAAACUAACUGGUAUUUAUCGUAUUCUUCGUAGUAAAGGUUUACAAUACAAGAAAGAUCCUACCUUACCUGAUCAAAAAUAUAAAAAUAAACGAGGUCGAGUUAAACGUAAUGGUUCUUGUAGUACCGGUAAAAAUAAACCACGACCAGCUAGUGUAUCACAUAAAGAAUUAACAACUGUUGAUUUGAGAGAUCAAAAAUCUAUAAAAAAUGGUGAAAACUCUACACGAACUUGCAACAUUUUGUAA